AAAAAAAAUUCUGGAACACAUCUGCAACUGUUCCGUUUUUAUUGGACUGACUGAAAAAGCCUCCUCGUCAGUCAGACAUUUCAAUCAUUUCACUCUCACGUCAUCUUUCCUCAAUGUACUUCAACUUACCCGUCGACCAGUCCAAAGAACCCCAACGAUCCACAGGCGAUCCUUGGGAUAGCUCCAACUGGACUGAACAACCCGUCGUUCCUACUCCGAACAUGUCCAACAUUCGUGAUGAGAGUUUCUCCUCCAUCCUCGCAAAUCUCAACGAACAUAAAUUAUCUCCACCGCUAGUCACACCCAACACCUUAACACACCUUCUCAACUUUCAUCCUGAACACAGUAGAAUACCCAAGCCAUCAUCAUUACGGCCGAAAUAUGUCGAGUUGAUUCAAAAUAUAAAGAGCUUGGCUGUAGCGCUGCAUGACCGAGGAGGUGGCGACGAUUUGGUAGAGGCAAUCAAUAACGACAAGAAAAUUAAUGGCUACUUGGGUCCAUAUGAAUCAACCACAUCUGAAUCUGAACGAGGACAUGAAGUGCUGGACGCUAUCAAUUCCAUCCUAUCCGAGUUUGUAUCUCCCCAGUCAUCCUCCAAGUUGAAUGAUUUAGAACAAAGCACGAAUGCUGCUUCAUCUAUAGCGGCACUACUACCGUCAUUAAAGCUAGAUAACAACGCGCCCAGCUUGCCUUCAUCAUGCGACAGUUCACCUAGCCUCGUAUCUGCACCUAACACAUUUGUAUAGCAAACCCCCGUAAUGCAUAGAUAUCUAUUCGACAUCUUCUUUGGUGUAUUACUUUUGUUACCACCAGAUACCCCAACACAACCUCACUAUAAUAAAGAAAUGAUAUUUUCUACCAUGUGCGGUAGGCUUGUUCCCAUA